GUCCAAGAUCUGAUAAAAAACCUGCUAGUGAUUAUACUACUUGUCCUAGGUGUCUGAAAACUGUUACCAAGGCAAAUUCUCGCAAGCAUUUUUCUAAAUGUAUUAAUACUAAACUAGAAGGAUCACGUUCUUAUAAAUUUCUUGGCCGCUAUGUAGAAGGGCGCGUUCAUAGUGCCGCAAGUGAUACAUUGAGUUUAGUCAUUUUUCCAGUGUUCGAGGAGGACAAAAUUGUUCGUUUGAUCAGAUAUGAUUGGCUAAUGAUUUUAUACGGCAACAAAUUAUGUAUAAAGCAUACACCACAUUACCAGCAUAAUUUAAUCCGUGCAAAACUACGAUUAGUGGGUCGUCUCUUAUAUGCUGCAAAAGAAAUAAAUCCUGAAAUAAAAGAUCUAGCGUCACUUUAUACUCCCGAAUAUAUCGAUACAAUUGUUAAGUCGAUUGAAGUAGUUGCUAAAAUAAAUCGGUUAGAAAAUUCUUGUGGGGCACCUUCCUCGGCAUUGAAUUUAGUAACAUAUCUAAAACACAUCAGAAAAAUAUUAGAGAGUGAACUUGCAAAACAAAAUGACAAGGAAGGUCUAGACCGAGUCGCAAGAUUUGAAAAAGUUUAUUGCAUUGAAAUGCCGGAUUCUAUAAAUAAAAUUGCAAUGGAGGCUCAAAGUAAAUUGAAGAGACAAAAAGUCGUGAUACUGCCUAUGACUGAAGAUAUUAAGAAAUUAAUUAAUUAUUUAAAAAAUGAACGAAAAAAAUGCUUCGAUAAAUUAAAGACAUGUUUUAAUCUCUCAGAGUGGCUUAAUGGUUUGAAGCUCGUUGCAGUUUAUCUCCUCGUAUUUAAUCGUAGACGAGUUGGUGAUAUCCAAAAUAUACUUUUGAGUGACUUACAACAUAUAGAGUGUAUUGACAAAAAAGCUGACUCUGAAGAAUUUAACUUAUUAGAUGAUAUCGGUAAAAAAAAUUGCUCAAAAAUUUUUCAGGAUCGCCAUUAGAGGUAAAAAAAAUCGUACUGUAGCAGUUAUAGCAGGUGCUGAUAUAAUUGAAGAGAUCAACAUAAUAAUUAGGCAUCGUCUUAGUGCAAACGUGCCUCUUAAAAAUGAAUUUUUAUUUGGGUUGCCUAAUUCUAUUGAUGGUCGUAUAAGAGUCGUAAACAUUUGUAAAGAAAUGAGAACUAUUUCGAAAUUAUGUGGAGCGAAAAAACCAGAUUUACUUCGCGGAACCGGCCUUCGGAAGCAUGUAGCUACGAAAUGUAUCGAACUUGAAUUAAAUGAUAAUGCGCUUGGUGAUGUAAUUAAUCAUUUGGGUCAUUCUGAAAAGAUCCACCGCGAUUUUUAUCGACAACCAAUUAAAUCCAAAACAAUCGUUCAAGUUGCCAAAGUUUUGGAGGCAGUACAAGGUGAUGUUGACUAUGAUUCAGAUGAAAAUGUCGAUGAUCUUAGUGACUUCAUUGAAAUUCCGGGUAGUGUACCUAAAAAUGGCUUACAAAAAAAGUCUAAAGGAACACAUGUUUAUGUUUCACAGCCAUCCUGUUCGAAUGAUAAUACUGAGCUUGCUAAUGAGUAUGAUUUGCAUGAUUUAGAACCUUACUUAGGUACAAAUACGGUCAUUAUUGAAAAUAUGAAUGAUGAUAUUCCAGAAGGUUUGAGUUUAUCCACAGAUACUGAUGUUAACCAAAAAAUAAUUAAAAAAAAUUGUGAAAUGACUGAAAAAAUGGAAAAAAAGAGAUGGACUGAAAAUGAAAAACAUAUUGUGUGUUCGGCAUUUAGUCAUCAUUUGCAAGCUGGCACUUUGCCACAUUUAAAAGAUAUUGACAAUCUUAUGGAACAGCAUCCGUGUUUGCAAAGUCGAUCUAGACAAUCAAUCAAAACCUGGAUUUCGAAUCAAUUCAAAACUCCUUCGAAACCAAUAUUCAGUAAGCUCAAAAUAAUUGGUAAUGAAGCUGUGCGAUUGAACUUGACAAAAGUAAUAAAAGACAAUAGUGACAAUACUCCACCACUUGCUUAAAUCGAUUAUUUCUAAUUUUAUUUAAGUUUCAAUUAAAUUAGAGUUUUUUCAUGUAUCACCUUACUUUUGUUCUAAGAGGACAUAUUUUAUACGCCAAUUUGACUUUAAAAGCUCUUUAGAGCCAAAACGGCCUAUAAUGUUUUCGUUGCCAAUCGUUUAAUGAAUUUAUUUAAUA